AUGGCGUCAGGUGUCAAUUUGAUAGAUUCACCGGUAAUAAAGACACCACGCUCUUGUGUCUCCACGUUUCAUAUUGCAGGCUGGAAAACAUGUCCAUCAUUUAUCAUGGCUGGAGACGUGGCGAGGAGUAUCCAAAUACUGUAUCCAGAACGUGUAGCUUUUGAGAUGCAUCCGUUUGAAGACCGAGAUACAUUCAAGCUGUGGCUCCUUAUGUCGCGGAAUGACUUUAUUACGCACUUUGGAACCGACUCCAUGGCCACAAAACAUGCAACAUCACCUUUUAUAUGGAGCAGUAACCCUACAACAUUUGUCGGUGGCUGUGACGACCUGCUAACAGUUUUUCGUGCUAACACCAACACUUCUACUGCCACUGCAUUAGUAGAGUCGGAGACGUCUUUUGCUGACGUGGAGGAACAGGUGAGCUAUGACUACGACCUGGUAGUAAUUGGUGGCGGAUCUGGAGGCUUGGUCUGCUCUAAAGAGGCAGUAUCAUUUGGUCAGAAGGUUUGUGUACUAGACUACGUAAAGCCAUCGCCACAAGGUACUUCCUGGGGUCUUGGUGGCACUUGUGUCAAUGUCGGCUGUAUCCCAAAGAAGCUGAUGCACCAAAGCUCUCUGAUCGGUGAGAUUCUACGCCAUGACUGCGCGAGCUUUGGUUGGAACGUCAGCUGUGCGGACGGGAGACCACCGAGCUUUAGUUGGGAGAAACUCGUAUCGAAUGUUGGCUUUUACAUUAAAAGCAUUAAUUUCAAGUAUAAAGUAGAGCUCUGCAGCAAGCAUGUCAAGUACGAGAACUUCCUUGGCUCGUUUGUGGAUCCACACACACUCGAGCUGUGGCAUCCAAAAAAGGGCACGAAGCAGAUUACCACUCGUCACGUAGUUAUUGCUGUGGGUGGACGACCUAGAGAGUUGGCGUGCCCGGGCGGGGAGCACGCGAUUUCGAGUGACGACAUCUUUUGGAUGAAGAAAGAACCAGGCAAGACGUUAGUUGUGGGUGCCUCGUACGUAGCACUUGAGUGCGCGGGCUUCAUAAGGGGCAUGGGUUACGAUGUCAAGAUAAUGAUGCGGUCAAUUUUGCUUCGUGGCUUCGACCAAGAUAUAGCAAACAAAAUUGGAGAAUACAUGGAGGUGCAGUCGGGUGUCGAGUUCAUUUGCAGGGCUGUUCCACAGUCCAUCACGAAGCUCGAAAACGGCCAGUUGCUAGUUAAGUGGACAACGGAACAUGGCAAAAGCUGUAAGGAAGCAUUUGACACUGUGUUGAAUGCAACGGGUCGUAUCCCGGACGUUGCUAAACUCGGCCUGGACAAAGCUGGGGUAAAGCUAAACGAGAAAACUGGUCGCAUCUGGGUGAAGAAUGAGCAGACUUUGACAUCUAAUAUUUAUGCCAUUGGUGAUGUCAUUGAUGCGCCUGAGCUCACGCCAGUGGCGAUUCAGGCGGGACGUCUGCUCUUUCGCCGUCUGUACAACGAGUCUACUGUACAGAUGGACUAUGACAAAAUUUGCACUGCAGUGUUCACGCCCAUCGAAUACGGAUGCUGCGGUUUAUCGGAAGAGGCCAGCAAGGAAAUGUACGGCGAGGACAACGUGGAGGUGUACCACAAGAACUUCAUUCCGUUGGAAUGGUUACUUGCUGAGGAGACGCGCGCGUUUGCCGAAUCCUGCUAUGUGAAGAUAAUUUGCGACAAAACUCGUGACAACUUUGUGCUGGGUUUCCAUUACCUGGGACCGAAUGCGGGCGAGGUGACGCGAGGCCAUGGGCUUAGCAAUGAAGCUUGGUUUCACGUACGACCAAUUGGUGAAUACGGUGGGAAUGCAUCCGACCACUGCGGAGGCAUUUACAACACUAGAAACAACGAAGAGCAGUGGUGA